AUGCUGUUCCUUCUCUUCGUUGCAACCAUCGCACGCAGUCAACUAAACGGUAUGAACUGCACAGACGAGGUAGCCGGAAAUUUGAAAAUCACAAAUGACACCAAUCCUUUCGCUUAUCCACUGAGCAACUUGGAUAACAACAUCACGUCCCAGAUCUAUAACGGAGGUCAUGAUCCUUUUGAGGUGAAAUGGCAGAAGUGCUUCAAUCUCACCACCAAUGUGAGCGAGUACUUCUUGUCACGGCUGUUCGUCCCAGCGGUAGAUCUGUGUGUCGUCAUUGAUGGGGAUGAUGCAACGCUAAGCCUUGACAAUUGUUUGCUGGACGGUGACAAUGACGACUUUGAGAGCCAGCUUGUCCAAUAUUCUAACGUCACCAACACUUUGGUUUGGACUGCCAGUACUGGUACUCGAGUGACGUUAGGUGUGGUGGAUCCAGGAAACGGAACUACCCCGAUCAAGAUGGGCCCUGCGAGCAGUGCGACCCCACUAAUGCUGCCGUGGUUGGAUUCUCCAAAUGUGCUGAGAGCCAAUGCGUGA